UCCCCGCAAAGCGGUAUAUUUGAUGACCCCGUCUAAAACGAAUGCUAUGUCAGCGUUUCUUAAGUUAUUUCAAGCUAGAAUGAGGGGUUUUGGAAUCGAGAUUGAAGAAAAGGAGCCAAGUGAUGCUAAGAACCUUGAUCCUAGUUUGUUGCUGAUAAUAGUUUGUAAUGUCAGAACGCGCAUUGAAUCUGACAUCAAGCGAUGCUAUGAUGACAACUUACAAGCCGCUCAAAACAGAACAAUUUUGAUAGCACUGCAUGUCAUUACAAAAGGAAAAGAGCCAAAGCUGUUAACGGAGCAGAAACUAGCAGCGGACAGUUUAUUUCAGGACAGUUCAUUGAUUAAGAUUAUCGACAUUGCUUUUAAUACUGAAGAUGAAAUGUAUGAAUGUACAAUGAACAACAUUGCAGAAAACUAUUUUCGUAAUCUUCAGGCAAAUUUAACACCAACCGAAAACGUAAUAGAAUGAACCUGUAAAAUAGAGAUUUUUUCUCUCUUUUUACCUGUUUUUCUUGUAUUUAAUUUUGUUCUGUACUUUCAUUAUAAUUAUUCUUAUAAUUCGUAAUAAUUGCAGAAAAUGGCAAAGAGGUUAAUCAGAUGGACGCGUUUUCUUUGUAGUCACUUCUGUGU